GUCAAGGAAAAUAAGACAACAAGACGGCGGGACUGCUAAGUCCGUGUUUUUGUUUCCAUUGCCGCUCCUACGUAACAUUAUCGCUGUACAUAUUUGUAACACGUAACCAAUCAAACAUCGUUACUUACUCGCCGUGAUGCAUGUAGAGGCUCGUCGUGCUAGCUUAGCGUGCUAGCUGCGGACCAAGAAGGGCGGAAGUAGCAGAGAUGAUAGCAGAAUACGAGGAGCAACUUUGUGGAACAAAAGCAAAGAAGGAGCAACAAAGUCAACAACUGGACGCUGCUGGCAACAAACACGCAAAGAAGGAGCAACAAAGUCAACGACUGGACGCUGCUUGCAACAAACACGCAAAGAAGGAGCAACAAAGUCAACAACUGGACGCUGCUUGCAACAAACAUGCAAAGAAGGAGCAACAAAGUCAACAACUGGACGCUGCUUGCAACAAACACGCAAAGAAGGAGCAACAAAGUCAACAACUGGACGCUGCUUGCAACAAACAUGCAGAGAAGGAGCAACAAAGUCAACAACUGGACGUUAGUUGCAACAAACAUGUAAAUAAGAAGCAACAACGUCAACAACUGGACGCUGCUUGCAACAAACAUGCAGAGAAGGAGCAACAAAGUCAACAACUGGACGCUGCUUGCAACAAACACGCAAAGAAGGAGCAACAAAGUCAACAACUGGACGCUGCUUGCAACAAACAUGCAAAUAAGAAGCAACAAAGUCAACAACUGGACGCUGCUUGCAACAAACAUCCACUUCGAGAAGGAGUUCUUUCUCCUGAGUGGACCGCCAGGGUGGAGCAGGAGGAGCCACAGCCCCCCCACAUUAAAGAUGAAGCGGAGGAGCACCGCAUUAGCCGGGAAGAGGAGGCCGCUUUCCCUCUGACUCGCGUCAUCGUGAAGAGUGAAGACGACGACGAAGAAGACCCCGGUGGUGCGAGACCACCAGCAGAGAGCCUCUUGGCUCCGGUAUCAGAUCAUGACGACGCGACAUCUCCCGACUCUGAGGGUGAAGAGCCGAAGGCGGAUACGACUUGUCACUCUGACGACACAAACACGCACUUUAAAUGCUCUCGCUGUGACAAAGCUUUUAGCAACAAGGCAAAUUUAAGAAGACACACAAUGAUUCACACGGGAGAGAAACCCUUCAUGUGCUCAGUGUGCGGCCAAAGGUUCUCCCAGAAGACCACCAUGAUCACGCACACCAGAACGCACACGGGGGAGAAACCCUUUACUUGCUCGGCGUGCGACAAGAGCUUCAGCGACUACUCGACGCUGACUAAACACCAGCGGACGCACACGGGCGACAAACCUUUCUCCUGCUCCUUCUGCGGCAAAAGCUUCUCCCAGAAGGCCACCAUGAGAACGCACACCAGGACGCACACGGGGGAGAAGGCGCACUCCUGCUCGGUGUGCCGAGCCACUUUCAACGUGCGCUCCACGCUGGUGCAGCACAUGAGGAGGCACACGGGCGAGAAACCCUUCUCCUGCUCGGUGUGCGGCAAAAGCUUCGGUCACCCCGCGGCCAUGGCGAGGCACGCCCGGACGCACUCUGGCAAGGAAAGCUUGAGUUGCGGCGUGUGUGAGGAAAGAUUCUUUUUUAAGUACCAGGUCAACGACCACAAGUGUGCUGGCCAGAGCAGCAAAUGAACAAAACUCUCAGGACUUUGGACUUUCUUGCGAGAGCUGAUAAACUGGAUGUGUGUGUGUGUGUGUGUGUGUGUGUGUGUGUGUGUGUGUGUGUGUGUGUGUGUGUGUGUGUGUGUGUGUGUGUGUCAGGUUCAAACACUGAUGACAUCUAUUAAACAAGACAAGAGGCAAAGAAUCAACCAGAGGCAGAAUUCAAUUUGGACUCAAUAUUGAGGAGAAAACGUGUCGACCUGUAACCUCUUACAGUGUCACCCACGCUCUGCCAAUAGAUUGCACUCCUUCUUUAUUUGACUUUCUCCCACCCCACCUGACCACAGCUGCUUCCAGAGGGAAGUGGGUCGUAAACAGCGCUGCCUUUGGUUACCGAACGGUUCAAAAGAAGAGGUCGUAAAAUAGUUCAAAAAGGGUUCGUAAUAUACUUCAAAAAGAGUUUGUCUGGAAAUUGGGCAGAUCCUGCCAUCUGUCCGCUUUGAAGUCACGGCGGAGUUUUACGAGCCUUCCUCCUGGUGGGCCCCAAAGACAGCUCCCGUCCCCCUGCCAGGAACUCAAUGUAAUACAAAGCUUUUGGGAUCAUUUAGAAACAGUUAUUCUAACAGUGUGUGUGUUCUUGUGUUUCUACCCUUCUUGAGACAUCAAGAAGGAAAAGUAGCUUCCAUAUGAGGAGGUGUGAACAAGUUAGGACAGAAAUCAUGGUCCCAAUACGUAAAAAACAUUGCAUCUAAUAAAGAACAAAAUACUAGAAUCCGUGAACAUUGCUCCAAAGUCAGGAUUUUUUUUUGUUGAUUUAAUGUGCAUACAAAUAAGACAUCCCGCGUCGCAUAUGUGACCAUAGGAUGAACAAAUUCACUACGGGACUAAGACUAUGGUGGCCAUUAACAGUUAGCGUCUACAGCUGUGUUGCCCAAAGUGACUUGUUAGUCAUCAGCCUUAAGCACAUUACAAAAAACAAAAACAUAGAGAUCUCAUUGGCACCCCUGCUGGUGACUACUAUCAAAAAGAGGGUGGUCCCAAAAAGGAGGGAUUUUUCAAAUUGACUGUGUGUCGCUUUUAAAAGUGCUCCCCCUCUGGUCAACAUAUGAAAUAACAAGUGUGUGUAAGAAUUUGAAAUGUGCUCCCUUUGGCCAAAAUGAAUUA